GUAUCAUCAGGCAAUAAAGUCUUUUUUAAACAAGAAUUUCAGAUUGAGAAAAGAGAAAUGAGAAUCGCAUCGAAGGUACCCGAGAUUCUUACUGCUGGUUCCAAACUAGAAAAUAUCAUUUUUGAAAUUGUCAACUGUGAGUGUAUUGUGGAUGAUACUAUCCGCGAUGAAGAGAAAACUGGUCUGUCACAUAUGCUAACAAUAAAGGCUGAUUGGCUUAAUUUGGGAGAGUCUGUCCGGUAUACUUUCAAGCAUGGGCGCUGCAUUGUUCCUGCUAUUCCUUUAUCUCAAAUUGCAGGAAACUAUAGCUUCUUAGCUAUCCAUUCUCGCCAUUCAAACCUUAGUCUGAAUGUUGAGGUUCAUGUCAAACCUGCUAUACCAAAUCCAAAAGUGGAGCAUGAUGGAAAAAACUUCUCCACGGUCAUUGAAAAUAAUAAAAAGGUCUUUGAAGAGGACCUGUUAAAAAUUGGCUCUGUAGUCCAAAUAUUGGAAGAAAAAUGUGUCAAGCUAAAUGAAGAGAAUGAAAAAAUUGAGCAAACUAUGAAAAAAUUGCAAGGUUUUGACUGGCUAGCACAUCUAUAGCUAUUCUUUUUUAUCUGCUGGAAUCAUUGUAAAAAUGUUUUGACAUAUCUAAAGAAUCUACUUGACUAAAUCCACCAUUUAAUUUUGUGACACUGACAUGUCCUUCCAUGCUAGAUAGUAUACCUGGGCGCACUCACUCGGCUUUUAAAAAUUAUUGUAG